ACAGCAACAGCAACAACAGCAGCAGCUUCCCAUCGGUUCAGAAAAAGCAGACUUUAUUAUUUCAUUGAUAAUGAAUAAUAACCCUUCCAAGUAUGUCAUCCAUUUGCUGCAUGAAAUCCAAAAUCAAUGCGGAAUCAGAAGAAAGAAAAAUCGAGAAUUUUUUCAAAUUGCACAUAUCGUUCAAGAGAAAAGCAGCAAACAGCUUCACGCAACAGAGCAGUUAAUAAGAAGAUUGGAAGAUGACAAGACUUGUUUAAAAGCAGAUAUAAUCCAACUAAAUUCCCGGAAGACAUCGUUACUAUCGGAACUUGCAAAGUUCGAAGAUGAGCUGAACCAAAUCAGAAUUUAUGCUGAGCAACGGCGAAACAAAAAAUCCAAACGAGAACGUCAAUAUCAUCAGUUCUACAACGUACCGCUUAUCUCUGAUCAAUAUAAAAAGAAAUAUUUAAGAGCAAGAGAUAAAAAUCUAGACGCGGAGGAGAGAGUAUCAGAAUUAAGAACAACCGUAGAUAGCUGUCAAAUGGCCGUUAAUGAGGUUGCCAAAGCUAUUUCAGAUGUACAGAAGAACCAAGAGCAAAUAACAGCGAAACAAGAUGAUUUGCAUUCGGAGAAUAUACAUACGAGACAGUUGCUACAAGAUCUACAGGAAGCAGACCGUUUUUGGAGGGAUUUCGACGAAUACCAAAUAAGCUCCGUUGAAGAACAUACCGCGCAGUUGAUUGAAAUUGCUCAAAGGAGCUCCUUAAUAAUGAGUGGCUCGAACUUGAGUAAUUUUUUGAGUCAGUAUAAAUCAAUAUUAUUCAAUUAUGAAAAUGAAGAGGCUUAUGGUGAUAAACAUUGGCAAAAUUUACGAAUUGAUUAUGAAUGUACCAAGUGUAGACAAAUGCUACAUGACUGGCCAAGGCUAGACAAAGUCGACAAGACACACUUUUUAUGCAAUGCAUGUUAUCAACAACAUAGACAAAGUAUGAUUUGGGAAAGAAAGAUGAAGGAUAUGAAAGGUAAAAGUCAGCAGCUUAUGUCAUUACCCAGCAGUUCAAUGGUAUCUGUUUCGUCUUUUUCUUCAACCAACACACGUGAAAGCAAAAGCAAUGGAAAAAACGCAUUCAAAGAUAUUUUCAAGAAAUUCAAGAUUGAAAAGCGCAAGAGUAGUUUGGUUGAACAGAUAGCAACUCCUUUGGUCCAUUCCUAAUUGUAUACGCUGUACCCUUUAUACCCGCAAUGAAAAUGAUUCUCCAAAUCAUAUCUUAAGCACGUUUGUAAUUAACUAUUAUACAGAGUU